AUGGAGGAUUGGAUUCAUGAAUUUGAGAAAGCAGAUAAACAAGACAAAGGGCAAGUCAACAUUGGACCAAGGAGCAUAGACUCUGUGGUUAGAAACCUCAAAAUGAAUGCUUUUCAAAGAGUGCUAAAUGCUUUCAAAUAUAAAGAGAGAGGACGAGUCCAUAAUUCCGGGGCUAAAGAUGAAUCUGACAAUGAGUUAGCAUUGAAGGCAUUCAUAUUCGGCAUUUUGACUCACCAGGUCGCGGAUAUCAGUUGGCAUUCCUUAGGCAUUCAGCAAGGUUUACUAAGAAUGCUAGCUAAUCGGGAGUUUAAUGGUGAUGUGGCAGAAGCUCAUAGCGUGCUCGAUACCGGAGGCGACAUGAUUUAUGUUCGCAGAAUGCUGCAGUCAGGUCUUAAUCUAGAUUGGAUACAAGGGGAAUGGAAAUACCCGACUGCUGAUAUACUGGAGAUUAUUUCACGAGCUGGGUAUUCUGUUACCAGCUCCCAGCUUGAUUACUGUAUGUUUCGUGGAAAAGCUGCUUUGGGUGCAGAGCUACAGCUGGCAGUGAGUGCAUUCGCCCCCUACGCUCAAAGAUCGCCUCUUCUAUUUGAACAUAUUGAUGAUUACUUUUUGGGAGGCGUUACUGAGAUGUCAACUGCCACCCGACAUUGUUCAUAUUCGCUGGCUGAAUGGUUCGCAAACCAAACCACACCGGCUGACCCGUGGUCAGUCUGCGAAGUCUAUGAAGGAAUGAAAGGCAAAUCAUACCGAAAUUCAAAUUUUUUGUAUGAGAAUGAGACUCUACCUACUGAAGAUUAUACCACUCAGUCGACCCCUUAUUUGGAUAUCCCAUUGGCACAAAGUAUUAGCUCUGAUACUAAACUUGAAAUAUCGGCCCAUCAGAACAUUUUCGGUGACUCGGACUCCAAAGUACUAGCUGAGUUAGCAACUGUUAUUUCCACGGGUGUACCCAAUGGAGCUUUUGGUACUUCGUUAACAAUUGGUAAGUUUUUAAACGAUGAACUUUGUUUAGCAAUAUCGGCUCCAUAUGAGUCGGUGACAUUUGGAUUCGGGCGUACUGCUAAAGAAGUUCCUAAAGGCAGUGUAUAUGUUGUGGAACUAUCUCAGUUGGUUGUGUCAAAUAAUAAUAUUGCUGUGAAAACCCCUGCUAAAAUGAUUACUCUUGAAAUGCCUGAGGAGGGACCACCUUAUCAAUUCAACGAAAGAUUUGGUGCCAAAAUGACCAAGAUUACAUUGGCUGGUUUUGAUGUUUUGAUUGUCAGCCGUCCUGGUACAUCUCGGUUAAGUUUCUUUUUGGAGAAUAGAAAUAUUUUCAAUAUUCAUUGGGGUUCUGCUAGUGUUAAGUACGGUAGUUUUGGUGAUAAGCUAGCGGGCGAGUCACUGGUCGUCGGAGACGUUGACGGUGAUGGGAUAGACGAUCUGGUUGUCGGAUCCCCGUAUUCUGAUAUCAGUGGUCGUCCUCAGGCUGGUGAAGUCCAUGUAAUCAACGGACUAUCUUUGCAGUCAAUAUUUUCUGUUGCUGUUGAGAGUCGUAGUAGAGUGCCCUUAGAAUUUGAUAUUAAAGAUGUGGCUGAGAUCGUGUUACAUUUACCAUCACUGACAUCGUCUCCUGGAUAUAGCUUGUUUGGAUCUAAAGUGGCUGUUGUUUCACGAGGAUCGACAAACUAUUUAUUGAUUGGUGCUGAAGGAGUGGGAAAGGUAUUCGCUUUUGAUUCCAAGAAGGACUUUAAGUACGUAUUUGUUCUUUCUAGUAAUGUCAACACUGGGGCCAAUUUUGGUGGCAAGCUACUGGUUGGUAAUAAUGAUGGUUGGAUUGCUGUCGGAAGUACUACCGAGGACGUCCAUUCUGACCGUACUGGAAGGGUCAAAUGUAGUCAAUGUGGCGCAAUUUACCUGUUCCGCAUUAAAGAAAUUGGAGUGAUUGAGGAUUUGUCAUUGUAUAAUUCGACUGAUGAAUUGACUGCAUAUGAACAAGGCUAUCUUGGCUUUAAAACAAGAAAGGGCAUGGAAUCUGGAUCCUUUAGUAGAUUCGGUCAUGAAGGUACUAUCAUAGAUAAGUAUCUAUAUACGAGUUCUCCGUUUGGUCAGAAUGAAAGGGGUCAGGUUUGGCGGCUUGAUCUAUCAAAGCAUGGUAAAGGUAACUUUGAACUUCUGAUUGAAGAGAGCCCCUGGCCCUAUAGUAAUGGGUUUGGUACAAGCUUGGCAGGGAUUCAACAGAAUGGUGAAACGUUUUUAGCUAGUGGUAUGCCGUAUUAUGGAACAAAUGAGAGAGGGUGGUUGCAAGGCGCUGUUGCCUUGUAUCAUUUGAAGGACUAA